CCUGUAUAUGCGGUUUCUUGUAAAACCAAUACUACUUUAGAGAUGUCUCUUGAGGAUGGAAUCUUGAAAGAUUCCAACAAUAGAAUUGGUUGCAUUGUUGGAAGUCGUCAAUUUCAAUUUGAUGGACCAUUGCCUCAGCAUGGUGCCAUUUAUGCUGCCGGUUGGUCCAUAACUAAUAAGGGACAAUUGGCCUUGGGUAAUUCAACUCUCUUCUAUCAGUGCUCUUCGGGAGAAUUUUAUAAUUUAUACGAUCAACCAAUUGCUUAUCAAUGCAGUCCCGUUUCAUUAGAUGUUGUUGAAUUAAUCGAUUGC